CACUCGUAGCCACCAGACGAUUGUCAACCAAGAAGCCGGAUUUUUCGUUGAAAUGGAUAAAAUUUUCGAGUUUCGAGAACCUGAACUUUGCUACCCUCAUGUUCUUUGUCGGCAAGAACUGCGAAACACAGAACUCGUCGUUCUUGUACGCUCACCUCAACAAACAUCGCUUGAGGCCAGAUCAUAUCUAAGCAGCAUCUCCGCAGCUGGAGCAAGAAUCCAAAUUUAACGGAACAAAAAUAGAAAAAUGCCGAGCCAUCACCAUCGUUCCGGACCGCUCAAACAAUCCAAUAAGAGAAACAAACGGAACAAGGCGUCGAAGCGGAGUGCAACAAGACUUGCCGGAGGCAAGAUCGAAGGCCGACGAGCAGCGUUCAAGGGACGUUUCGUAGCCCACACGAAGGCCGAUCGGCGUCAUUUCCAGCAACAGAAGCGGGAUGCAAAGCGUCAAGAACUCGUCAGACGCAAGCGUGGCAUCGGCGGUGUAGCUGCACCACCCAGAGUUGUUGGUAUCAUAAGUUUGGGUGACGACGAGGCAACCGAAGAAAACUUGCGAUCCUUGAUUCUUCAGCAAGCUGAUCGUACCUUUGGUUUCGGGGUAGAUUCUACUGUCACCGCAAAGUUUGAAAAACACAAAAGAGAUGGAAACCUUACGGUUUUGACCAAUUCCACGGCAUUUCGCUCCCAGUAUUCUUCGGAACAGCCCAACGAUGCUGCUGUAUUUUCUGCACUCGACCUCUGUCGCGUUUGCGAUUUGAUCAUGUUUGUGAUUGAUGUUGACGGAGAGAAAACAGAGAGCUUUGUUGGAAUGAGCAUCGGUGGUUCCGACGAUAAAUCUUUUUCUACCAACAAAACAAGCUCCACGGCGCAGGAUUUCGACCACUUGAUCAGUGAACGCGGCGAUCGCGUUCUUUCGGCGAUGAAGUCGCAUGGUCUCCCGCGUGUUGUUACCAUUCUGGCAAAAACAAAGGCUGAACCCGGCUUUGGUGAGGAUGACGACGACUUUGACCACAUGACAACACAAUCAGCGAAGAGUAUUCGGCGUGCAAACUUGAAGCGCAAGUCAGACGUCAAACGAUACGUGAGCAGGUUUGCUACCACAGAAUUCGGAGUUGACAACGACAAGGUCAUUGAAAUCAAUCUGAAGAAAACCAACGACGAGAAUAAUAUGACGGACGAUCAAGAUGGUGUCACUGUAGAUCCCGAAGCUCACUCUAAGAAAAUCUUGGUUGAGUCAUUGGUUCGAAGUAUUUGCUCGAUAUCUGCCUCGCCGCCGAAUUGGGUAUCGAAACUCCCCAGGUCAUACAUUCUAUCUAAUACACACGAGUAUAUAACAGAAUCGCAAGAACUUAAAUUGACGGGUUAUGUCAGAGGUAUCGCCCCCUUUGAUGUCAAUGCACUCAUUCAUGUUCCCAAUCUCGGCACGUUCUCCUGUAAAGGUCUUAUGGAAACCGAGGCACCUGGAAUUAGGAAAAACAAAAAAGGUGACCAAGAUAUGGGAUGCAACAACCAUUACGUUGUAGAAUCAGAUCCAAUGAAACGUGAGAGUCUCGAAAAUUUCGCUGCCCCAGAUGCUCUGGAUGGGGAGCAGAAUCUUGUAGGUUUUGACGAGGCAGAUGAAGAGUUUCACGACGAUGAUGACUAUAACGCUGCCGAUAAGGACAUUGCAGAAGAAGGUGGAUUUGCAAGGCCUGUUGGAUGGUCCGAUUAUCAAUCGGCUUGGCUAGAUGCUUUGGACGAUGGUGAAGGCGGUGAUUUGGAUCAUGGCGAACUAGCCGAAGAAUUGAACAAAAAAUCUUCUGCGACUGUAGCUGGUGGCAACGCAAUGGACCUCGACGAUGCGAACGAAGUGUCAGAAGAAGAGCGCCAAGCAUUGUUGGAAGAAAGGAGAAAACAACAGCAAGAGCAUGCUGAAUUCCCCGACGAAGUACAGGUGAAUGAAGACGAGAACGCUCGAGAUCGCUUUGCUCGGUACCGUUACCUAAAGAGCUUCAAGAAGUCUUUUUGGGACCCUAAGGAAAACCUUCCCGACGACUAUGCCUCAAUCUAUCACUUUUCAAGCUUUAAGAGUACUCAAAGGGAUAUCAUGGGAGAUAUGAAAGAUCUAGUGAAAACCGCCGAGAAAUCCGACUGGAAGUUUUUACACGCGUCAAAAAGUGUUGAAAAGCCACCACAAGAUGCAAUGGAAGCAGACAGUGAAGGUGACGAAGACGAAGAGUAUCUCGAAGGCUGUGUCCCUACAGGUUCUUAUGUUACGAUUGUUUUGGAGAACGUCAAACCUGAAGAUUACAAGAAACUAGGAGCAAAUCCUCUACUAUCUGCAGCCACUCUUCUACCGCAUGAGAACAAAGUGUCUGUGUUGCAUAUGGGGCUUUCGAAUUGCAGGGAUGAGUCUCUAUCAGAUGUUCCUGUCAAAAGCAAAGAUGUUUUGACUUUCCGUUGCGGAUGGAGAACGUGGACCGGCCGGCCUAUUUUCUCCCAGAACAACUUAAAUUGUGACAAACACAAAUUCGAACGCUACAUGCCACAAGCAGGAAGCUUUUUUGCUGCUAGUGUAUAUGGACCCGUCACAUACACACCAUGUCCAGUACUCGUCUUCAGAACGAUGAAUGGGACGAAGGAACUUGUCGCCUUCGGCUCAAUGAUCGGUGCUGAUGCUGAUAGAACCAUAGUAAAGAGAAUCAUCUUGACAGGAUUCCCGGUUCGUGUUCACAAACGCUUCGCUUCCGUCAAGUAUAUGUUUAGCAACCCAGAAGACGUUAAGUGGUUCAAACCUGCGGGGUUGACCACAAAACAUGGGUUGAAUGGAAAGAUCGAACAGAGCGUUGGUGAGCAUGGAACAAUGAAAUGUCUCUUCAACGCCCCGAUCAAACAGCACGACACGGUAUGUCUUUGUCUUUAUAAAAGAGUGUAUCCCAAAUUUGCCGAUGAUUCCGAAUCAGACCGAGAAGAUGGCACGCAUGCUAUACAACGAUAUAAUAGCUUGAUCAUAAAAUAACUCUUUAAGAUAGUAAGUCGUAUUUUUGACUCUUUUCAUGACAAUAAUUUACACUUUCUAAC